AUGGGCCCACUGAGUAGGAGGGACCUAAGGGCUGCAUCUACUUCCCGAGCUGCAGCUGCAAGAGUGAGCAAGCUGGAGGUUGUUGGACGGCCGGAGCUUGUUUCUUCAAGCUCUUCAGGCAGUGAUUCUGACAGUGAAGUUGAAAAAAAGUUAAAGAGGAAAAAGCAAAUUGUUCCAGAAAAACCUGUGAAGAAGCAAAAGCCUGGUGAGACUUCUAGAGCUUUGGCAUCUUCAAAGCAGAGUAGCAGCAUCAGAGAUGAUAACAUGUUUCAGAUUGGGAGGAUGAGAUACGUCAGUGCUCGGGACUUUAAAGGAAAAAUUCUAAUUGAUAUUAGAGGGUAUUGGAUGGACUCAGAAGGCAGAAUGAGACCAUGGAGAAAAGGUAUUUCUUUAAACAUGGAGCAAUGGAGCCAGCUGAGGGAACAGGUCUCUGACUUAGAUGAUGCAGUAAGGAAGCUGUAAAAUCCGAGCCAUAUCAAACCUGUACUGUUGUAGUUGUUUUAAUCUGUCUUUUUACAUUGGCUUUUGUUUUCUAAAUGUUGUUUUCCAAGCUGUUGUGUAUCUGAAUGGCAGAACAAUUU